AUGCCGACCUACACCGUCACCGUGGCUACGGGCAGCCAGUGGUUCGCGGGCACCGACGACUACGUGUACCUGAGCCUGGAGGGCACUGCGGGCUGCAGCGAGAGGCACCUCCUGGACAAACCCUUCUACAACGACUUCGAGCGCGGCGCGGUUGACUCCUAUGAUGUGACAGUGGAAGAAGACCUUGGAGAAAUUCAGCUAAUUAAAAUUGAGAAACGAAAAUAUUGGUACCAAGAUGACUGGUACCUUAAGCACGUCACUGUCAAAACACCACUGGGUGAUUAUCUGGAAUUCCCAUGUUACCGUUGGAUUACAGAUGAAAAAGAAGUUGUUCUUCGAGAUGGAAGAGCCAAGCUCCCCCGGGAUGACAAGACCCAGAUACUCAAGCAGCACAGACGCAAAGAGCUUGAGGAUCGUCAAAAAAUGUACCGCUGGAAGGAGUGGCAUCCUGGCUUCCCAUUGAGCAUUGAUGCCCAUUGUCACAGUGAGCUGCCCCGUGACAUCCAGUUUGACAACGAGAAAGGAAUCGACUUCAUUCUGAACUACUCCAAAGCGAUGGAGAAUCUCUAUAUCAACCGUUUUAUGCACAUGUUCCAGUCUUCCUGGAGUGAUUUUGCAGAUUUUGAGAAGAUCUUUGUGAGAAUCAGUAACACAAUCUCUGAAUAUGUGAUGCAGCACUGGAAAGAAGAUUUUAUGUUUGGCUACCAGUUCCUGAAUGGCUGCAAUCCUGUGCUGAUCCGGCGAUGCACAGAGAUUCCCAAGAAGUUGCCAGUGACCAUGGAUAUGGUAGAGUGCAGCCUGGAGAGGAACUUGACCCUGGAGGAAGAAGUGAAGCAAGGAAACAUUUUCAUUGUGGACUAUGAACUGCUGGAUGGCGUGGAUGCCAAUAAGACAGACCCAUGCACAAUACAGUACUUGGCUGCACCCAUCUGUUUGCUGUACAAGAAUCUGGAGAAUAAAAUAGUACCCAUUGCAAUCCAGCUUGGUCAAAAGCCUGGGCCAGAAAAUCCCAUUUUCCUUCCUUCAGAUGCCACCUAUGACUGGCUGCUUGCCAAAAUUUGGGUUCGCUCAUCUGAUUUCCACAUCCACCAGACGGUGACCCAUCUCUUAAGGACACACCUCGUCUCAGAGGUGUUCAGCAUUGCCAUGUUCCGGCAGCUGCCUGCUGUACAUCCCCUCUUCAAGCUGUUGGUGCCACACAUGCGAUUCACAAUAGCCAUCAACACCAAAGCUCGAGAACAACUCAUCUGUGAAUGUGGCCUUUUUGAUAAGGCAAAUGCUACAGGUGGAGGAGGACACGUGCAAAUGGUUCAGAAAGCAAUGAAGGAUCUGACUUACAGCUCACUCUGCUUCCCGGAAGAUAUCAAAGCUAAGGGGAUGGACAGCAAAGAGGAUAUCCCCUACUACUAUUACCGAGAUGAUGGCAUUAGAGUAUGGGAGGCAAUAAAGAGUUUUGCAGAGGAUGUGAUUCAAAUUUACUACGAGAGCGAUGAGGUGGUGUGUGAAGAUGUGGAACUCCAGGCCUUCGUCAAAGACAUUUACAUGUAUGGGAUGAGGGGCAUGAAGGCCUCAGGGUUUCCUAAGGUGAUCAAGACACGGGAGAAACUAGCAGAAUAUCUCACAGUGAUAAUAUUCACCACAUCAGCCCAGCAUGCAGCUGUGAAUUUUGGUCAGUAUGACUGGUGCUCCUGGAUUCCCAAUGCCCCACCGACAAUGCGUUGCCCUCCUCCGACAGAAAAGGGGACAGUCACCAUCGAGCAGAUUGUAGAGAGUCUGCCAGACAGAGGACGUUCUUGUUGGCAUCUGGGAGCUGUCUGGGCCUUGAGCCAGUUCCAGGACAAUGAACUGUUUCUGGGCAUGUAUCCGGAUGAACAUUUUGUGGAGAAGCCGGUGAAAGAGGCUAUGGCAAAAUUCCGCAAGAAUCUGGAUGAGAUCGUCAGUGCCAUCACUGAGCGCAACAAGAACAAAAAGCUCCCUUACUACUACCUGUCCCCAAAUCGCAUUCCCAACAGUGUUGCUGUUUGAGCAACUAGGAGAGCUCAGCGGAGUAUAAAACCAGUGCAUGUUUUCCUGUUACAUAUGGUUCUCAUAAGAGACCUUUCAGAAAUUUGUAAAAUCACAAACACGCCCUCUCCAUCAGAGCUGACCCAUAUUCUAUUUUGGCUUUCAAAGCAAAUUUAACUAUGACAAAUCUUGCACACAUUUUAGCUGGCGACUCCUUAGGUCAAAUUCGUUACAAGCUUAUAUCACCAAGAUUUUUAUAUUACUCCUAGAAUCAAUACCUGCAUUAGUGUUAGCUUUCUCUUUCCCAGUCAAAACAGAGAAAUCAUAGAAAUUACACUGCUUUCAAGCUGAGUACUGCCACGCUGUGCGUGAGAAUUGAACAUAGCAGUGAAAAGGUACUGAAUGAAGAUGGGUGUCUUCAUAUUCUUCAUUUCGCUCAUCUGAUUCAAUGAAAAUAGUAUCAGGAGCAAUAAACAGGUCACAUCUUUUAAGUCCUUCCUAUUUUUAAUAGAUGAUGCUCUUGACUUGAAUUCGUAGUCUUUCAAGUUUGUGUGUUGUUUAUAAUCUGAUUUUAAAAACUUACGUUAAAUAUUUUCAUUACAACUUUGAAUGCCCCAGUCAGGAUGAAGGUAGAAGCAGAACAUUUCUAUAACACAGACAAGAGUUUUUAUCACCUUCUUAUAGCGAAGUCACUUUUCUCGUCUAAAAUGAGAAAAUCUAGCUUACAGGAAAUGAAUUCUUUUACCUAUAUAUACCUAUGUAUUUUCUACAUAAAACUAGUAAGGUUUGUUUCAGCAUCUGCCAGAAGAGUUUUCUGUCACUGAUAUGCAUGGCAAAUGUUUUGCUUAGCAUAGUAACAAGUACAGACUUAGCAGUGGUUAUUCUCAGUUUCAUUACUGAGAAGGCUGGGCAUUGUGGGCAGCUUCUUUUGUUCUGGGAGGGAAGAAAAGGCUAGUUUCUAUAAAGGUUAUGGAGAAAGGUCAAAUGAUGGCUUCAAAGAAGGAUCCUUGGAUUUGACCAAUUAAGUAUAAUCUGUUCCACCUUAGAGACAUCCGAGUUGUGUCUGUUAUAUUCAGAGAUGAUUAGGCUCAAGUAUCUGGGCUUUGGUUUAAGGUUACGAGUCACAGAGAUAGCAAAAGGGAAAAGUGAGGUUUGGGAAAUUUAAGAGUAGUAGUUUAAUUAAUAACACUUUUGGAUUAUUUUUCCCAGAUUUUUUGUAUUAGUGGUGUAAGCCUGCAGUGUUUGUUUUGUUGUUUGUUUUUUAAAUAUAUGAGAAAGCUGCUUAUGCUAAUAAAACAGAACUGAACAAGAAAA